AUGACGACCUCACAGCAUUCCAUCUUCCAUCGAUUGGCUCACGACCGUCCUCAUGGCCCUGCGCUGGCGAACAGCAAUACCGAUAAUACGGUGGAGAACCACAUAGGCGGAGCUCCACAAGCCGCGCCUCCAAAUCCUUCCACAUUUUACAAGACAUACCUUGACACAAACGUACAACUGCUCGCCGACCGGGACUACUUCGAGCCAAAUGAUGAUGGUUACACAUGCUAUUCAGGAGCUGCUGCAGGUCACAACACAUCGUUGGAUGAUGCGCCAGUCGAAGGUCACGCCGGCGCGUACAGACUCGCCGUACGUCUUGCAAAUCGUUCCAACGGAGCUCCACUUGCUACAAUCAUUGAGCAGGGCUCUUACUCCACACUGAAUUCGCGCGGAUCUCUUCUCAGCGCGGGUCGCUUUCCUUCUCUCAGAGCCCCAGACAAUUCUUCGCCAAACCGGCGGAGAUCACGCAGCUUGGAUGAGAAAGCCCUGCACGAUAUUCAGGAAGACAUGGCUCGAGAGACUGACUCGUCUGCAGUGGCUGUGCCGCAGACAAGGCUGAAUAGUGAGCACGAUGCAGUGGAUCCGGCAAGCGGCACUGCCACACCCUUGACAUCAUACCGCUUUGAGGCGCAACCAUCCUCUUCUAGUCAUUCGGACGACGAGAUGUGCGAUCACGAUGAUCGCGGUGUCAGGGGAUUCAUUCGUGGCGUUCUGCAAAACGUGCGAGGCGUUUCGAGGACCCGGUCUCGAUCAUCCUCAAUGACGCAUGCGCUUAUCAUGAAGCAUCGGGGCAGCCCACUCUCUGCCAGCGAGAGUAGCCCCCAGUUCAAUCAACAUAGCCAUGAUACGGAAGCCUUCCGCCAAUCACAGCAUAGUCGUAACACCUCAACUCGCUCAUCUGAAGGUGCGACUAUUCCGCCAGCCCUCGGAGAUCAGACCAGAAAUCGCGCAACUCCCGUUUCAGGCACCGAGCGUUCAGCUCGGAUGUACCCGUCUCAUGCACAAUCUCGCUCAGAUGCUACUGAAUUAAGUACUGUCUGCGGCUCCAUGCUUCCUGUGCUGCCUAAUCGAGAUGCAACGCGCUCGCAUGAGCGGCCCUUCUCGACGCCCGUUGUGCACGCAGGAACACGCGAUGUGGCGCAAGACGAAAGUACAGCCCAAGCCUCAACAUACCAUCAUGACAUGUUUGACAUCUCAGCUCGUUACACUUUCGAAGGCGUUCCCAUGUUUCGUGGACAGCUGUCUUCAGACAAGGAAACGGGCAUUGCAAGGGACGUGUUCUCAAGCCAGAACGCCAGUUUCUGUAGCACCAUGUCGACUUCAUACUCUGGGACUGUCCUCGGUGUUGAUGUUGACUUGCAACAUGACUUCAGCCAUUCAAUUCGUCGUUCGCAGUCGCCACCAACACCUGUUUGGUUCACACCACAGAUGGCAGAGCUGGAACGUCAAGCGUCGUCGCCACCAUCACCAGAGCCUAGAAAGAAAAUUUCUCCCAACCACGUUCAAUGUCACUCAAUCACAUCGUCCGCAUUGACAUCUCUACUACCCCUAGCAGCAGCAACCGGGAUUGUGCAACCAAAUUACAAAACCCCUACGAUUUCAUUCUACUCGCCGUCUGGCAAUCUCAUCCAGCCUGAAAGCAGCUCACCUCUAGGCCCCGAGUCUUCGGAUUAUAGUGGCUCGCCGACGAUCACCACAUCUUACUACAACAGGCAGGAUGCCGCUACAGCAUUACCUAUUGGAGGCGUACCUACUCGACCACUUCUGAUGCCGAUGACUACCCUUCCUACGCCCAAAGCUCCACUUCCACUACAUUUACAGCAUCAUCACAAUUACCGUCGCCCCGAGAUGUCUCAGAUAAGCUCUCGUGGGUCAUCUGUCACUUCUAAAAGACCAGUCAAAGGCUGUGACGGAUUUGUGCGUGAGAACAGCCUCACUCCUCGGAGCGGCAUCUUCUUUCCACAUGGAGGAGAUGAAGCCCACCGCACAGCAAGGCUCACUCUGCAUGAUCUCAAAGCCGAGGCAAGGUUCUACAAGGCACGGUUCCUUGGAAUGGCAGCUUCCCAGUCGUUUGCUCCCUCCAUUCCGAAGGGAAAGACUUUACAGAAACGGCGUAUUCACAAUUAUGAUACUUACGCUAUGAAGCCCCAAACAGAACCUCGGACGGAUAGGUCUAGACAAGAUACGCUAGGUUCUCUUACAGCUCACGCGUUGCGGAUUUGCUUCUGCCAACCGUACGACGGUGCAGGACUCUCGACACACGCCACUGCCGCGAGGCCGCGCAAGGCUGGCCAACCAUUUCCUGCGAACGGUAAGAUGGAGGUAGAUCAAGAGGCGCACGAUGCCGAGCGCUCAUUGCCUAUUGCGAGAGUCGUUGGCAGCGGGAAACGGACUGACGGUGGGAACGCAAGAAAGGCGUCCAGGACAGGCAGCGCCUUCAGCAGCACGUCCCAGCGAGCAUCACGUACCGGCGCAGCGAAGAUCAAAGCCGAUUGA